AUGUCCGUUCCUAAUCCUGAAACUGCUGAAAUUAAAGUUGAAGAGGCAAAAGUUGAAGCCAUUGUUACUGAAACUAUUACUGAAACUAUUGCGACUGCCACAACUACUGAAACUACUGAAAUAGUUGAAGAAGAUAAAAAGGAAGUUGUAACAACAACCAAAAUAGUUGAAGAAGAACCUGUUAAUAAGGAAAAUGGAACUAAUGUACCUGAGACUCCUGAACCUAUCUAUAAAGGCCAUUUGAAUAAGCACCACAAAUAUUUUGGUAAAAAUCAGCGGCAUUUUGAAUUAAAUGAAGACCCUAUUCCCAAAGAUAAUCUUAAUCAAUAUUACAAGAAAAACAUAAAAGAUGUGCCUAAAAAAGCUCCUCCCACAAAACCAUCAGCUGAACCCGAAAAACCAUCAGCCGAACCUGAAAAACCAUCAUCUGAGCCUGAAAAACAAACCGAUGCCCCUGCAUCUGAUACUCCUGCAUCUGAUGUUCCCGCAUCGGAUGUUCCUGUGAGUAAAGAUGAGAAAGAAGAACAAAAAGAGAAAAAGGAGCAAAAAGAAUCAGAUCAAUUCGACAAAAUAUAUUUCUGUAAUAAUAUUGCUCAUGCUAUUCAAACUGGCAAGGGUCUUUUAUUUUAUUACAAGAAUGAAAAAACUCUUGAAAAACGAAUACCAUGGGGUAUUAUUAAUUUAAAGGAUGCUACUGUUGAAGUCGAUAAAACAAGUUCAAACAAAUUCAGAAUAACUACUAAAGCUGGAAAAGAGCAUGUUUUGGAAGCUUACAGUGAAAAAGAAAAAAGUCGUUGGGUAUAUACCAUUAAUGAAGAAAUUAAAAAGGCUGAAGAUAUCGAUGCCAUCUACGCUUCUGAUGAAUACAAAAACACUUAUGAUCAACUUGGUAGGUCAUUUUCAAAUUUUAUAUCAUUAAACGGCCAAUUCAAAUUUGUUGCUAAGGAGGGUAUAACCUCUGAUUCUGAACCCCUUUCCGAUAGUGAUGAUAAACAAGGAAGACCAGAUAAACACCCCCAAAAAAUUUCUGUCAAUACUGAUGGUGUUAAUACUGCUGAUGUUUCACCUGAUGAUGGUACUACUAAAUCUCCAAAGUCUUCAAAAAGUAACUUUUUCAAUUUCUUUGGAAGGAAGGAAAAAGUCGAGGCAAAAGAUGAAAGUGCAAAAGACAAAGAAAUACCUCAAGAAACUAAGGAUACUAAGGAUGUUGGGUCUAAUGAUACUCCUGCUCCUGGUGAAGAUACCAUUGUUACUGAUACCAAGGGUACUGAUGAACCAAAAGAUGAUACCAAAGAAGAAAUUAAAGAAGAUGUCAAAGAAGAAAUUAAAGAAGAUGCCAAAGAAGAAACCAAAGAAGAAAAGAAAAAGGCUACUUUGUUAGACACCGCUAUCAAUGCAAUUACUUCAACCUUUAAAACGACUAAAGAAGAAAAAACUACUACAUCAGAGGCAGAAGCUGCUGAAACUACAGAACCUGCCCCCGAAGAACAAAAAACUGGUGCUGAACCAAGUAAAGAUGAGGAAUCCCAAACCCCUGACAAGCCAAAAGAUGAAACCACUAAAAUAAUUGCAAAUUUGAGUCGUAGAAUUACUAGUCGAUCGGGAUCACAAAGUGAAGAAAAACAAGAAUCGGAUGUUGUACAGGAUGAAUUCGAAAUUAUUCAUGCUGAAGUAAUGAAAGAAUAUCCAGAUUGUGCUAAACAAGGAAAGUUACAUAAAGAAACUUAUCACGCUUUCUUCAAACGUGAUGAACCACGAUACUUUGCAUUCCAUGGUGGUAUAUUAUAUUACUUUAAGGAUAGUAAAACAAAGAAACAAAUUAAAAUAGAAAAGAAUUGCAGUGUUAAAAAGACAGAGAAUAAAAGAUUUGAAAUUGAAACUCCAUCAAGAACCUACAAGUUCCAGGCUCCUACUGAAGAAGAACAAACCGAAUGGGUUAAAGUAAUCGAGGAUCAUAUUAGUAGUCUCCCAGAAGAAUCACCUUCUGACAAAAAGGAGCUCCCUGAAGUCACAAACGUUACCAAUAGUGAAGAAAUACAGGCAGCGGUCGAUGAAGCUGCUAAAGCCUCUAAAGAAAGCACUGAACCCAGUACUGAACCUAGUACUGAACCUAAGACUGAACCUAAAACUGAAAGUGAUGUCGCUGAAAAAUCAGAAAUCACUCCAGCUGCACCUGCUACAACUGCUACUGCUUAA